AUGGAAGGGAAAUCCAAAUCGGCGCGAGUUGUUCCGACUUCCGGUAAUCGUGCCGCGAAUGAUGCUGCUAACCGCAGCUGUGAGGCGUGGACUGAGUCGGAACGGUCCCCAGCGAGAGUUCGAAACGAUGACAGCCCACAGCAGGAGGAAGACCUCUCGGUACCAUUCAUCCGGAAGGGCAGUGAAAGUGAGUCUAGUUCCGAGGGGGACCGGCUCUGCGGGAAGAAGUCAACCGGUCGAAUCUAUUCGAUAAGUGGUACGAAAGUUAUCGCCAAAGAUAAGCGCGCGAACAAGUCCCGUAGUGGGGAUAGUGAUAAAGUGAUAGACAAGAGCAAAUGUGCCAGUAAAAUCGUCCGAGAUCCUCAUUGUGAUGCCAAAUUAGUGGAUAAGUUCGUUAGGACUAACAGGACGCGAAGAAAACGCAAAGAUGCCAAAAGUGUGCUGGUCAAACUGUGCCAAUGCUGUCCCUGGACGGUACCGUGGGCUUUGCUGGUAGUUAGUGCAAUACAGAUUUGUACAUAUAGUUUUAAUAACGAUAGCUUGUAUCGGUUACUCAUAUUCUCUCCGGUACGCCAGUUCGAGAUAUGGCGCUUCGUCACAUACACCUUCCUGCACGCCGGCUCGGUACAUCUCAUGCUAAACGUCAUCAUUCAAAUAAUGGUGGCCUUUCCCCUGGAGACGGAACAGGGCCACCUGAACGUGCUGGCGGUUUACUUCGGCGGUGCGCUGGCCGGUGGUCUGGGAGCGUCCGUUUUCGAACCGACACAGAUGGUGGGCGCCUCGGCUGGAGUCUACUGCCUGCUGAUGAGCCACAUCCCGCACAUCAUCAUGAACUUCCAGUCACUUUCCCAUCGCUACUUUCGUCUGGUGGCGGUGCUGGUGCUGUGCGUCAGUGAUGUCAUCUACUCUAUCCGGCACUGUUUGACGAAGGGAAACCUCGCGCCGCGGAUCGGCGUCGCGGCUCACGUCAGCGGUGCCCUCUGCGGGCUGCUGUUCGGCUUUAUUGCCUACCAGGGUGGAAAGAUUUUGUGCUUCCGAGUCGCCCGGUACCUGGCACUGUUGUUGUACUGCGGCUGGAUUGUGGCAACGGUUGUCUAUAACUUUGAACGGAGAUUUUAG